AUGUUGCAAUCAAUGCAAUUAAAUGCACUAACGUAUUCGUCAAUUCUCAUUAAUUUCAUAAUACAAAAUUAUUUUUCAAAUUCAACAUCGACAUGUAUAAUUUGGCAUCACGACAUCGAUUUUCAACUGGAUGCAACAAUAAAAGGCACAACUAAUCAGUUUGUUAAUAUUGGGUUAGAUACUCUAUCGGUUGAUAUUAAAAAAGAUAUCUAUAACUAUAGUGUCAAAGAGGAAAAAUUUUAUAAAAAUAAUUUGGCAUUUGAUUUAUUGAUAAAAAAAUUAACUGUUGCUGUGGAACAUACACACUGUGAGACCUUUUUAGUUUCUCAGGAUCACAUACCGAUCUUUGCGAAAGCCUUCCUUAAAGCAAGCGUAUAUUCUCUAUGGCGUUCUCAACAAAUUAGAUUCUUAUUUAUCUACUAUAAAGACAAUAACUCCGAGGAUUUCUUCAAUGGACAGUUAUUUAAAGAUCAAGCAAACAUCCUCAUUAUUGAAGCUGAAAACAAAAACUCUAGUCAAUUCACCUUAAAAACAAAUAAAUUUGUAGGAUCAAUGUGGUCAAAACCAGAGAAAUUGUAUGAAGUUGCGCAUAUCGAUGUUCUAAGGGAGCCCAUGGAAAACUUACCAAGGUUAUAUAUAGAUAAAUUACAAGAUUUACAAGGUCGUGAAGUAGUAGUUGGAGCUUUCGAUUAUAGACCAAUGGUAGUCAUUGACUAUAAUAUUUGGCCCCAAAUGAAUGAUCGUGCUUUGGAUAACAAAUGUGGAAGUGUACAUAUAAAUGGGGCUGAAGUUCGUGUACUCUUAACUCUGUGCGAAUUAUACAACUGUACUGUGGAAGUUGAUACAUCUGAAACAGAAGAAUGGGGUUUUAUAUAUGCCAAUUCUACUGGUGAUGGAUUAUUGGGUUUAAUAAUUGAUGGAAAAACUCAUACAGCUUUCGGUGGCAUGUAUUCGUGGGAUACAGUCUAUACUUACUUGGAUAUUACUACUUUCUUGGGGCGUUCUGGUAUAACAUGCAUGGUACCUGCACCUAAGAGAAUAAUAAGUUGGUCACUGCCAUUGAAACCUUUUCAGUUUUCAUUAUGGCUGGGCGUUUUGGGCUAUUUGUUUAUAGAAACAAUUGCUUUAUUUGCAACCACUACCAUAGAACAAACUAUAGUGCAUAAUAAGCAGUGUUGGAAAAGUAAUUUUUACUUUGGCUUGGUAACAACACUGAAACUUUUCAUAUCACAAAGUUCUCAGAAAGUUGUUACAUCAACUACUGUAAGGGCUCUACUUUUUUCUAUGUAUGCAGUUGAUAUAAUCAUUACAAGUAUAUAUGGUGGUGGAUUAGCUUCGAUACUAACACUUGUGACUUUUGAUGAAGCCGCAGACUCUUUAGAACGUCUUUAUAAAUACCAGUUACCUUGGACAGGUUCAUCAGAUGCCUGGGUGACAGCUAUACGUGCUGUGAAGGAUGAUCCCAUUAUUAUGGGUGUUCUAGCGAAUUUUCAUGUUUAUAGUAUCGAUGAAAUGCGUUCUAAAGCAAAAAUUGCAAAUAUGGGUUUUGUAUUGGAACGCAUGGAAUUUGGACAUUUUGGUAAUAGUGAAUUUCUAACUACAGAAGCUUUAAGCCGCUUAAAAUUGAUGAUCGAUGAUAUAUACUUCCAAUUUACGGUAGCUUAUGUACCACGCCUAUGGCCACUUCUACCAAAAUUUAAUGAUCUAAUAUUGACAUGGCAUUCAACGGGAUUUGAUAAGUAUUGGGAGUGGAAGAUAACUGCUGAUUAUCUUGAUAUCAAACAGCAAAAUCAAAUGAAAGCUUCAAUGUUUUAUAAUUUUGAUAUUGGACCCGUUAAACUGGGUAUUGAUAAUUUCUCUGGUCUUAUAUUAAUUUGGUUUGUUGGUAUGUCGCUAAGUAUUCUGACAUUUAUACUGGAAUUGUGCUUAUAUAAAAAUAAAUACGAAGUUAAUAAAUGGAAUAAUGCUGAUAAUACCAUCGAUGUCUCGGACGAGGAUGAUGGAUCUGAUGACGAAAAUAUAGAAGAAAAUAAUUUAGAAAUUAUUAAACAUAAAGAUGCCAUAAAUCAUUUCGAAAAAUGCAUAAAGUGGGCGAUUAACAAUAAUGAAACUUCAAAAUUAGCUGUACUAAGAGAACUACAAGAAAAAGCUGUUCAGAAAAGUCUUGAGUGUACAUUGCUGCUGCAUCAUUACAACAACACAAUUAUUAACAAUACUGUUAAACAUCAUAAUGAUGUUGAACAAAAUAACAUCAAACAACAACAGCAACAACAACAAGAACAUUACACUGCAAUCUUGCAACUGUCAAAUGCGCGAUUAAUCUCAAUCAAAAUUGUCGACAGCAAUGAUGAACAACAACGUAUACAGCUGCGGCGGCGCGUGUUUGCUGCUACUCAACACAAACACACACAAACACAUACACGUAUGUACAUAAAAGCUUAA